AUGGAUGUGUCUUCCAACGAGACCACUGAGGGAGGCUUCGGCUCGACGCAGAUGCAGGCGCUCUCCCACGAGAGCCUCGCCAACAUGAUGCUCGGCGUCAUUAUCGCAGUGCUCUUCGUCACGACUGUGUUUGUCGGGCUGCGGAUCUACGUGAGGGCGCGGGUUAUCAAGAAAUGGGGUGCUGACGAUACGAUGGUGACGCUUUCGUUUGCUACGGUGGCUUUCCACGGAAUCAUGCUGUGUUUGGGUACCAGAUUCGGACUCGGAAAGCAUGUCUGGAUGACGCAGGCACAAACAAUCGAGAAAGCUCAAAAGCUCGCCAUGUUCAUCAUGAUGAUUUACAACAUCGCCUUCGUCACCAUCAAGAUCGCCUUCCUCCUCCAAUACCGCCGAAGCUUUCCUCUUCUCAUGGUCGAUAUGAUGUGCAACGCCGGCAUCGCGUUCCUCGUUUUGUUUGGCGUAUCGCUGAUGGUCUCGGCGGGCAUUACGUACAGUUUGGUACUCAAGCGCGAGAUGACGGAUUCGCCCAUCAGUGUGUUGGGAUGGUGGCUUGCCAACGCAACAUGCGCGGUAUCCGUCAUUCGGAUCGCAUAUCUCCCAGGGUCCUUUGACAUGGUCGACAUGACGUACGACGGGAUUUCUAUCAUCCUCUGGUCCGUCGUAGAACUCUCAUGCGCCGUCAUUUGCUGCUGUAUCCCCACCCUCCGACCGCUCGUUGAGCGACGACAACGAGACCUCACCGACGACUACGACGACGGCACCAUCUUUGGCGGAGGCAUGUUCAGAGAGGACUUGAGUUUCGGCGAGGGCCCACAACGCGUUCGCCCAGGUAUGAGCGGGGUCAACAACGAGAGGAUAUCGUCAUCCAUUAGCUGCGCCUCGGAAUCGGGCAUGAGGAAACCCGGUCCGACCUUUUUCUGGCUACGCACGCGGAAGAAAAGCGACCACUCGAGCAUCAACGGGCUGGAUGAUAUUGAGCCUAUGCCCAUGCCCACGCACGCGGGACCGAUGAUGGCGGCUGCGGCUGCCGCGAUGCCGGUGGUGGAGGUUCACGGGGUCCGACGGGAGAGCGAACACGGCAUCAUCGUUGUCGAGAGUGAGCGCGUCGGAUGGGGGGCGGAACGUGAGCGUGGGAUCCCGCGACGGGCGAGCGUAAGGAGUAGUUUGCGGAGUGACAGCAGUCUUGGGGUGGCGCUGCGUAGGGAUUUGAGUGUGAGGAGGCACAUGAGCAUAGCGUUGUCGGAACGGGAUUCGGAUGAUGAUGUGUACUAUUUUGGUGUUAAUGAGGAGGAUGUGGACCUGCAGUGCCCGACGCCGCUGAGUCCGCCGCCAAAGUGUCGGAAGUCGACCAGUUCAUAA